ACUUGUUCAACUAUAUACACCUGGCUUUAUGGGAUUUAUUCAUUUCGAUACAUGUAAUGAGGCUCAGUUGUUCAAUAACCCCAGUUCAUGCCAGUGUAACCAUGAUUAUGAUAUACUGUGCACUCUGAGGGUAUUUUAAUCGGAAGAAGAAACAUCAAGACAGGUCUAGCGUCGUGAACUCAUACGCCAUCUCUAUCAUGGGUUGCUUUGAUAGAUUCCUAGGGCUCCGAAAUGACCUCAAACUAGUAGGACUAAGCUUAGGGGCAUUUCUAGCUCUGAUUGAUAUCUACACAGCUUUGAUAUCUUUUUACACCAUUGCGAUUGAUACCCAAACGCCUUGGAUGGCUAUAUGGAGUAUAAUUGGGCAUCAAAUAGCGUUUGCCGCUUCAAUCCCUUUCUACGAAGGAUUGAUCGAUAUGCAAUAUCAGAAUGCGGUUUUUAUUAUGUCAUCUAUUAUUUUUUCGGUGUCUUCAGCUGCAGCUAGCUGGACUAAUGCAGCCGCACUUGUUGCUGCUUUCAGGGCAAUCAAAGGCCUAGGAGCGGCGGGGAUGUUCACGACCGCCGCAGCUGAUGUAUCAACGACAGCCUGCAAAGCUACAAGAUGUGCGAAAUUGGUUGGUCCUCUAUGGGGUGGCAUUAUCGGAGCUGCCUGCAUGGAAUAUAAAGGAUGGAAUUGGAUGUACUGGCUAAAUGGUGUUUCCGGCGUUUUUUCUUUAGUGUGCUAUUUAUGCGGGAGAAGAGAUGACGAAUGGCGCGAAUCCCCCUCUCGAACAGGUUUCAUGCAGUUAGACAUCGCCGGUGCAAUUCUCUUCGCAAUAGCUACAUUUCUGGUUGUCGCCAUAUCACAAACAGCCGUCGAUGCAUUCUACGAACCAGAUUUAGUGUUUCCUACCUUUGUCGCUGUUGCCAUUAGUUUAUUUGUAAUUGCUAUUUUUUGGUUUUGGGAAAGAAGAAGCAAGCAGACAUAUCGGUUCAUCCAAAUACCACGCAACGGGUCUAAUAACGGCGCACUAUUUUCUCGGGCUAUACAUGCGGGAUUGAUUGGUUUUAUUUGGGACGCAACAAUUUUCAGUCUGACCCUUGGCUAUCAACUAGUCGACACCCCGCCACGUUUCUUCGUGUACUAUCCAGCCCUUUGGUCAGCAAUCAGGUUAUUGUGGAUUAUAAUUCCCAGUAGAGUUGGCAUAUUCAUCGGUGCCGCUACGAUUAACAAGCAGUUUCUUCAUCCCAACUCCGUCUCAUUAACUGGGAGUAUUUUGGUGGUAUUCAGCGUCACAAUGUUCUCACUUUCUGGGAGGUUUCCAGUGAGGUUUUUCAAUACAUUGCAGUCUAUAGCGAUGGGGACGGGGUUCGGGUUGCACCUGGCGGCUUUUGAUUACAUCGGCAUCAACAAUCCAUCUCCACUAUCAUCCUCCUCAUUCGUGUUAUCGUCACAGAGAGUUCCUUCAUCGGAUGAAGAAGAGGGAGGAGGAACAGAAGACGAGGAUGAGGAGGAAGAGGAUUUAGAAAUGGAAACAGAAGAUUUCCUCUCUUCCCCACAGCGGAACGACGACGAAAUCCCUCAAGCGAAGCUGGAAGCAAUCCACGUAUUUGGCGGCGUCAUCGGCAUAUCGCUAGUCCACAUGAUCCUACAUUACAAUUGCAGAAAUAGAAAUGAUUGUGGCAAAAGCGCAUUCGAGAAGAGCUUUACGGUUAGCACACCUCUUGUUUUGUUGGUGUCCGUGUGCGUAUUCAUCGCUUUGUUUUUCGUGAAUAAAAUGACCAAGGCGGAUAGAAGGGUGUAA